AUGUCAGCUCUUCUUCUCACAGAGCUCUCUGGGAUUGAAACGUGUGCCACAUCUUUAACAGACUCUUUCAUUCUCUUUAGUUUCUACACCCCAACCCCUUCAGCGCCUGGCUUCUUCGCAUCGCCCGCCUCGCGCUUCGCGAUGUCCCUUCGAUGGAAGCCAUUUCGCUUCCUAUCCGUCGAGACACUUCUCGACACCACUGCGGGACGUGAGGACGCCAGUUCCUUCGGCGAAGUAUCUCUCUUUCCCACGCUCUCCGCAGAACGCAACCACGAACGCGCCUCACAGCAACGCGUACUCCGCCGCUUCGCAACCGCUGCUGAACGAGCUGUAUCCUACGACUCCAUCGAUGGGACUUUCGUACUUGCGCUCCCUCGCGGCGUCGUACAGCUCUUCCAUCUCGCAUCCCUCGACCCUUCACUCACACUUGGCUCGUAUCGUUCCCUGCACGAGACCACACCUCCCCUACACUACACGUUUUCGGCGCAUGAUGGAGCAGUUUUUUCUCUUGUCCUUGUGAGACAUGGCGACGGAGUGCUGCCGAGUCUCGUCACGCUUGGUGUCGAUGAUGGAAACCCUUGCUUAAAAGUAUGGAAGUUUCGUGUCAGGGAAACUUCGAGGUCACCAAUACCUCCAUCUUCCGCUAUUGAAGACGGCCCUUCCCCUUAUCAAAAUGGAAAUCGCCCAGUGCCCGCGGAUGAAAAUCGCUUGGAAUGUAUAGCCGUAUAUCGAUUGCAAAGCGAUUCGCGCCCAAAAGUCCUUGCCGUCAAGGAUGCAAAGCUCGGCAUUGCUGAUAUUUCAGAAAUCGCUAUCGGGUUUGAGGAUGCCUCGGUUACCAUUCUCUACGGCGAGAUUUACCGCGAACGCGCAAUGCGUGUACGGGUUGCGCCCGCGCCGGGCGAAAUGAUUCAAGCAAAGCCUAUUGUUUUUUUGCGCUACUGCGGAACCCUUUUGUAUUGCGUCUCUAAAGUGUCUGUUGUCGUCAUUGUAUCGGUGGUAGACCCGGAGAAAGAUGCCUCGAAGCCUGUUGCCUUUCGACGAGAGAUCUUGGAUAAUAUGGGCUCGUCAACCGGGAAACUUUGUACAGUUCUGGACUACUCUGCCGAACUAGUUGUUGCUCGGGCAGAAGGAUUGUACUUCUUUAAUCGUGACGGAUUGGGUCCCUGCAUUGCAUUUCCGACUGAGGGCCAGAAAGCGAUGGUAUCUAGCAUGGGAAACUAUCUCAUUCAUUCAACUGAGCCGGGUUCUAUUACUGCGUACGAUGUUGUUAACAAACUUGUCGCUUAUCGUGGAAAAGGGGUACUAACUGGCUGUUUUCAAGGGCAUUCAUCAUAUACGCGCAAUGCGAUGCUUUGCUCUGCUGAUGGUUCUAUAUUGAAGCUCUCGGAAAUCUCAUUGCAACAACGUGUCAAUAUGCUACUGAAGAGGGGGCUCCACGUCCCUGCUAUCGCCCUCGCUAGGGCAGAAAGCGGUGAAAAUGCAAAUAAGUCGAAUGUCAUGUUAACGUCAGCACUCCGACAGUAUGCGGAGUACCUCAUGGGUAAGAACCGGUACGACGAAGCUGCGGAGCACCUCGUUCAGACUAUUGGCGGUGGUGUGGAACCAAGCUGGGUCGUGACCCGUCUUGUCGAGCAAUCUGGGUUACGCUCCGGACUCCGGUUAUACCUAGAAGCGUUGCAUGCAGCUGGUAGGGCAGCCUUCGCACACACCAAGGUUUUAAUCACUUGCUACCGUCAUGACAGGGCAAGAGGGGCUAUUCUCGGUUCCAAUGCUACAGAGAAGACGAAUGAUGAAUACGUCAUUAACGUUUUUAGUGAUGUGGAUUGGACUGAAGAACAGGUUGAUGCCGCGAUUGUUUUGUGUCGAGAUGCAGGAUUGUUCAAAGUUGCUGAACGAGUCUCAAGGCGGCGUGGAAGACAUGUACAACUCGCCCACACUCUCGUGGAGGAUCUCGGGGAAACAGAGAAAGCAUUGGCGCUGUUGCGAUCCUUAGAAGAUGUCGAAGCGCUGCAAGUCAUCAAGGCUUGCGGUCGUCGGCUACUAGAGAAAGAACCCGUCAAAUUUGUGCAUUAUCUAUGCGAUGCGAUAUGCCGCUCCACGGCUUCUAUGCCACCCGGUAGUUCCAAACCACUGCUGCAGCUGAGCAUGUUUUUGCCGAUCUUCAUUGAUAUGCCAGCGUGGCGGGCAGUACUACUGGAACGGGUAUUAGGCACUCCCGGCGGUAUUACCAAAGCAAACGCGCCGAAGGCAUGGAUUCUUCUCUUUGAGUCGCUUGUAUGCGUUGAUGUGGCUGAUCGGCUACAGGCAAAAAGAAAACUUACAACUCAACAAAAAUCGCGUACCGAGCAUGGACACCCUAGUUUGGGUGGUGAUGAGGACAGCGUAAAAGCCGAAGAACAAAUCACAACUUUGGAAAGCUCGGUCGACACUGGGGAAAGAGGGACGAUUGGGCGACGAGCUUUGAAAAUUCUACAGAGCCGGCGGUCGGUAAUUAAGCUUCGAGCGGCGCUAGAGAUCGCUGAGCAAAACGGGCAUGAUCCAUGCCUCGAAUAUUUGUAUGAGCAUCUACGAAUGUACACGGAGCUGGGGGUCAGUCUACGCAUGUCUAAAAACGGCCCGUCGCUUCUCCGCGCAUGCAGGCGGCAUGGGGACAGAGAGCCGCGGCUGUGGAUGGAAUUGAUUCGCCUGUACGCACCGCUUGCAGCAAAGGAAGGGUACGGAAGCGAGGGGGAUGCCAUCGGCGAGGAUCUAGAGUUGGUCUCAUCAAGCCCACCUCGACGCGUUUCACCUAUCGCAGGGGUGGAAUAUGUGGGUGAGGACGGCGGCAUGGGGAAAAUACUCGGCACUAUCUCUGAUGGCAGCUCGGAACGCGGCAGCGCUCAAGAUCUCGUAGACGAGGCGAUGGUGGCGCUAGACCGCAGCGGGUUGCUAUCGCAAGUGGAGAUUGUGGAGCUCGUGGAGUCGGCUUGCCCCGACGCUCCAUGGAGUGUUGUGCGCGAAUAUUUCGAACGAUGCGCCGCAGGGCUCAAGCGGGAGGCUGCCGUGUCAGAGCACGCCGGGCUGCAGCUGGACGGGGAGAUCCGGGAAUUGCGACGCGAGGCGAAACGGCUGGGGGAGGAGACCGUCGUGAUCAAGCCGACGACGUGCGCGUCAUGCGAGGACGUGGUCUCUGUCCCUGCUGUGCACUUCUUCUGCGAGCACUCCUUCCACGUGAGCUGUCUAGCGCCUGGGGCCGUAGGAGUUGGAAAUGGGGUGGGUGGGGCGUCUGCAGCGAUGCUUGUGGGAAGGGAAGGGGUCGGGGCGGGGCUAUCGAAUGAGGGAAAGACAGGGAUGUGGGGUGAGGAAUGUCCCCAGUGCGCACCGGAGCUUGACGCGAUGGUCUCCAUGCGACAGGCGUUGCAGGACAAGAACAGGAAGCAUGAAGAGUUUUUCGCGAUGCUGAAGAAUUCUCGCGAUGGGUUCGCGACAAUUGUCGAGUUUUUGGGACGAAGCCCGUUUCUAUGACAGGUUUGCUUAUUGAGAUUAAAACUUAACAUAAUAACAUAAUAAAAUGACAACCAACGGACACAGCCUCUGGGCUCACUCCUACACGAAAUCCCAUGGCGAAUCUGCCACGCGGCGGCGAAUCUGCCACGCGGCGGCGAAUCUGCCACGGGGCACUUGAAAAGCCAGGGUGGUCCCUCUGGGCCAUUCAGAUUGCAAAGGUUCCACCCCUCACCACCAAUUGGCCAACGACCGGGCGCACCGGACAUACCCUCCAUAUUCCAUGAUUCUGCUUCUGACCGCAUACUCCCUCAAUACGACACCAUCCCAUGAGACUUCGAAGUGCCUAGCCGGUGCUGCUACCCUGUGAGACUACCCCUCCCCCCCCGACAUUUUGCCACGGCCCCGCGAAGGCACCGUCCGGAAACAAGAUACUGGCUCAACAUUCGAAACCAUUCUUUCCGCUAAGAAACCUUGUGCGCUGGUAAUUUCCCUCACCUUCUCAUUUGUAUAUAUAUACCUCACCGCCCCUUGCGACACCACGACUUCCCGAAACACCGCCCCCAACCAGCUGACCCCUUCUCACUUCCCGAGACAAAACUAUCACACUCAACACACGUAAUGGUCAAGUACACUUCCAGCAUCAUUGUCCCCUUCACACGCGAGCGCGUCUGGAGGCUCAUGUCGGACUGGACAAACCUAGCCGUCUGGGACAUCAACAUCACAAAGUCGGUCCUCGCCGACGACCAGAAGCCCAACCAGGUCGGCAUCGGCACCAAGUACGACUGCGAGUUCUCUGCCAACGGUAUGGAGAACGUCAAGGUCGACUACGAAUGCGUCUACUUCGACGCGCCCACCAAGGCCCAAUACGUCGGCCUGGCCAGGCUCUUCCGAUCCGUCGAUACUGUCGAAUGCGAAGCAGAGGGAGAAAACACCACCAAGCUUACCGCUGAGUUCAACCUCUCCUUUCGAGGACUGCUUUCCCCGUUUUCAUUCCUCAUGAACGGCGCCAUGCAGAAGACCGGCCCGAUCGUGAUGAAAGACAUCGAGAAGUUUCUCACCGAACGGCUGACGGCAGAAUAGCAACCUUCAAUUGAUACGUUUGCUGCCGGAGUCAGCUCGAACCCUCCUCCCCUCCGCCUCUGUUCCCAUGAAUAUUCAAAUGCUUGCUCGCCGAACAACCUGCUCAGACAAGAAGAACCUCCGUCUUUGGCACGCUUUCCCCGGCUUGCGGCCGGUAGCCGCUCCGUUUUGAGUCCCCCCAGCUUCCUAACAAGCCCCUUGUACACCCUUCACACACCCCCUGUACCACCACCACGAAUAAAACAAAUUGACACUCUCACA